AUGAUGAAACAAAUAUUUUUACGUUCGCAAUUACGUUCAUUUAGUUCUUCUGCUAGAAAUUUAGAUUUCUCCAAAAUGACUAUCAUUGGCCGUAUAGGGACUGAAUUUACAGAAUACACCUCUUCCAAUGACAAAAGAUAUGUUAGAUACAGUAUUGCUUCUCAGCCAAGAAGAGAUGGGCCUACCAAUUGGUAUAAUAUUACUGUUUUUAAUGAAAACCAUAUUAAUUUUUUAACUCAAUAUGUUAAAAAAGGGUAUGUUAAAGUAUAA